AUGUCCGCUUUAUAUACGGCAUCCAUGAACGAAUAUCUUGCAUUAAAUCAUAUGGAAAAGGUUACUUCAGACUGCGAGAACUGCAGUGAAAAUUAUUGCAUCUCACAUCACGCAGUAUUCCGACCAGAAAGCAUUUCUACCCCUCUUCGCGUCGUGUUUGAUGCAUCAGCAAAGUGCGCAAAUGGAGUAAGUCUCAACUCUUUAUUACUCAAUGGUGGAAUUGUGCAGCAAGAUCUCUUCUCAAUAGUAACUCGUUUUCGAACACAUACAUAUGUAUUUAGCACAGACAUUACUAAAAUGUACAGGCAAAUUCUUGUCGAAGAAACUGAUAGAGAACUCCAGAGGAUUUUGUGGAAAUCAAGUUCGUGCUCACCUGUUGAAACUUACAGACUGAGAACAAUUACAUAUGGUACAACAUGUGCCCCGUAUUUGGCCACUAGAACUUUAAAAGCUUUAGCUGAGGAGGUGCAAGUUUGUUUUCCCCGUGCUUCCGCAGUUUUAUUUACCGACGUCUACGUGAAUGAUAUUUUAUCAGGUUCAGAAAAUUUAGAAGACACAAUUUCUUUGCAAGUUGAGUUAAUAAAUCUAUUGAACAAGGGUGGCAUCCAGUUACAUAAAUGUGUUUCAAACCAUCCAGACUUGUUAAACGACAACAAGGCUAUUGAAUAUAACUUUUCUUCAGAUUCCCAUCUUGUGAAAACUCUCGGCAUGUUUUGGGCAUGUAUUUCCGAUAAUUUAACCUUUAAGGUUAAUAUAGAAUCAGAGGCAAGUUUCAUAAAAAGAGAUGUUCUAUCUACCAUAGCAAGCCUGUUUGAUCCUCUCGGACUAAUUGGUCCAGUGAUUACAAGGGCAAAGAUAUUUCUACAAAAUCUGUGGAGACAAAAAUUAAAAUGGUCUGAUCCAAUUCCUCCCAAUGAUGUGAAGGAAUGGUUAAAUUUCUUAAUCCAACUUCCUGCUUUAAAUCAAGUUAGGCUCCUAGGAAUUUGGUCAUUACAAAUCCCAUAA